AUGGCAGAAGUUCAUGAUCAACUAGAGAUCAAGUUUCGGUUAACUGAUGGUUCGGAUAUUGGUCCUAAAGCAUUCCCUGAUGCUACAACUGUUGCUGCUUUGAAGGAAACUGUUAUUUCUGAAUGGCCUAGAGAAAAGGAGAAUGGACCGAGGACAGUGAAAGAGGUGAAGUUGAUAAGUGCAGGGAAAGUAUUGGAGAACAGCAAGACGGUUAAAGACUACCGAAGCCCUGUCUCUAAUCUCGUAGGCGCUGUCACCACAAUGCAUGUCAUCAUCCAACCUCCCGUUACUGAAAAAGAGAAGAAGCCUAAAGGUGGUGAUCCGAAGAUGAACAAAUGCGUCUGUUCAGUCAUGUAA